CUGUUGGAACUACCACGAAAUUUUAUGUAUCCAAGCAUGGUUGAUUUUACUAUGGAUGCACAAAGUGCUCUGUGAAGGCUACUGAUUUGAACAAUCCAUACCAGUGUGUGUGUGGCGAAAAUGUUCACAAACCCAUACCAAGGUACAAAGUUGAUAUAUAUGUUUAUGACGGUGAAUCAAAGUUCCGGUUUGUAUUUUGGGAUGCCGACUGUGAGCAGAUUAUAGGACAAUCUGCUGAUAGCAUGCAUAAAUCAAUGUUAGAGAAUGGUGAAGAUGAUCCCAUGGUUUAUCCUGACGAGCUUGACAUGUUGUUGGAGAAGAAAAUGGCUUUGAGAGCUAAAGUACAGCCAACCUUUGGGCAAGCAUCUGUUUGGAAGUUUUCUUAUGAUGAAGAAUUUGUCAGUCAAAUUGAAAAGGAUUAUAUUGCUGAUGAGGCUCAUAGUCUUCCUCCCAUUCAAAAUGCUGUUGCUGAUCAUGUUGAUACUUCCAUGGAGUCCUUAUCUGCAUUUGGAGAAAAUGAUCCUGAGAAGAGUUUGGCCAAUACCCCAUCAAAGAGUGUUUCUCAUGGUGUUGAUGCUGAAGAAUCGGAUUGUCAGCUUUUAGGACUUACACAAUAUUCAGGAACCAAGCCACCCAAAAAAAGAGCAAAGAAAUUGAAUGGACUGCAGAAGGAGAAUGUAGGCAAGACUACCCCAAUUAGUAGUCAUGAUAAUGCUCAUGCAAGAAUUCCAUUUUCUACCAUCUCUCAGAACAUUCCAAGUUCCAGCAAUUCGGUUAUAACAACUUUGCAGAAAACUCAUGCUUCCUCAGUGAUCAGUAGUCUUGGAAAUUCGUUGAAUAAAAAACGUCCAAGAGUGGUUACAUGCAGAAACAUCAAUAUGAGAGGGACGAAUUUAAAGAAUAGAUUUAAUAACGUUGUUGGUGAAUGUGGUUCUACAUCUUCAAAAAACUCUCCAUUACAUACUACUGAAAUCAAUGAACUUUUUGAAGAUGACAACGAAGAGGAUAAUAUGCAUGAUGAUUCGUCAGAGAGUUGGAGUUCAGAUGACAGCAUGGUUAUGGACGAGGAUGAAGAAGAUAUGGACAAUCAAGCUGUAAUGGUCAAUGCACUACCAUCAGGAGAUUUUUACGACAUAGGUGAUCCAGUGUUUGAAUGUCCAAAAUGUGGUUCAAACAUGUGGUAUUUAGAAAGGAAGACCAAGUGUCGGCAAACAUUAAGUCCUAAGUUCACAAUGUGUUGUGGGGAUGGUAAAGUUCAAAUUCCUCUAUUGAGAGAACCUCCACCGGUGUUACAGAAACUGCUGUUUAACCAAACAAACCCUGAAUCAAAACUAUUUCAACAACAAAUACGUCUUUUCAACAUGAUGUUUGCAUUUACGUCUCCGGGUGCUAAAAUGGACAACCGUUUUAACAAUGGUAGAGGUCCUCCAAAUUACCGAAUUCAAGGACAAUCAUGUCAUCGUAUAGGUAGCAUGUUACCAUUUCCAGGACAAAAUCCCCGAUUUGCACAACUCUAUAUAUAUGAUACUGAACAUGAAAUACAACAUAGAGUAAACGGAUUCAAGACAAAAGACGGAAUAGAUCUUGACAUAGUGAAAAAACUCUCUUCUAUGUUAUAUCAACACAAUGUUCAUGCCCAGAGUUUUAAGAUGGCAAGGGAUAUACUUUCCGAAGGCAAUGUUUCUGACCUAAAGCUCCGUCUUAUUUCCGAGCGACGCACCGAUGGAAGAAUUUAUAAUCAACCAACUGUUUCUGAAGUUGCUGCUCUAAUUGUUGGUGAUGUUGACACUGCUGAGAAGAGGGACAUAAUAAUGCACAAACAGACUGGACAACUUCAAAGAAUAGAUGAAUAUCAUACAUCAUAUUUGGGAUUUCAAUAUCCAUUACUUUUCCCUUAUGGCGAAGAUGGUUACAGGCCGAACAUUAGACAUCGUAAUCAAGAUUCCAACAAUAGACGUAACUCAGAAUCAAUGACUGGAGUAGCCGACAAUGAGGAUGUUCCGUGGGAGCAAGCAAAUAAAAGAAAUAGACUCAGAAUUAGAGAGUGGUUUGCAUUUCGUAUUCAAGCCAGAAAGAAUGAGGCCCAAACAGUUAUCAGAUCAAGAAGGUUAUUUCAACAGUUUUUGGUUGAUGGUUAUACAAUGAUGGAAUCUGAGAGACUUCGAUGGUUAAGAAAAAAUCAAUCUAAACUUAGAGUUGGAAAGUAUAACUAUCUAACAGAUAUCAGAACCAAUGGACAUACCGAUGAUUCAAACACAGGGAAAAGAGUUGUCCUUCCAUCGUCCUAUGUUGGUAGUCGCAGAUACAUGGAUCAACUUUACUUUGAUGGAAUGGAAAUAUGUAGUUAUGUUGGAUUUCCCGAUCUAUUCAUAACGUUUACGUGUAAUCCAAACUGGCCGGAAUUGAAACAUGUACUUGCUUCUAAUAAUUUGACACCAGCAGAUCGGCCGGACCUCAUAACGAGAAUAUUUAAGAUGAAAUUCGAUGAGUUACUGUCAGAUUUGACUAAAAAAAGUUGUAUGGGCAAAGUUCUUGCGUAUAUGUACACAAUUGAGUUUCAGAAGAGAGGCCUUCCCCACGCUCAUAUUUUGAUAUUUCUACAUCCAUCCAGCAAAUAUCCAACACCUGCUGAUAUUGACCGUAUUAUAUCUGCCGAAAUUCCGAACAAGGACACCGACAGAGACUUAUAUAAUUUGGUAAAAAGUCACAUGAUACACGGACCAUGCGGAAACGCAAACCGGUCUUCGCAAUGCAUGAAGGAUGGUAAAUGUUCCAAAUACUUUCCUAAAGACUUUCGGGCUGAGACAGUUGUCGAUCAAGAUGGUUAUCCGGUUUACAGAAGAAGGGACAACGGUCACACUGUCAUUAGGAAUGGUAUAGAGGUUGACAAUAGAUUUGUUGUUCCUUACAAUGCAAAAUUGUUGUUGAAGUUCAGAACUCAUAUUAAUAUGGAAUGGUGCAAUCAAAGCACAUCCAUAAAAUAUUUGUUUAAAUACAUCAACAAAGGCUAUGAUCGAAUAACUGCUACAAUUGUCAUGAAUGAAAAUGGAUGUCCUAUUGAGCGUCAAGAUAUUGAUGAAAUCAAGCAGUAUAUUGACUGUAGGUAUGUUUCUCCAAGUGAAGCAUCUUGGAGGAUUUAUGGUUUCCCCAUUCAUGGAAGGAAACCAGCUGUGGAAAGAUUACACUUCCAUUGCAAAGGUCAACAUUCAGUCUACUAUACUGACAUCAGCAAUGUUUCCAAUGUCCUUGAGAAACCAAGUGUAACUGAAUCGAUGUUUACGGCAUGGUUUGAAGCUAAUCAGAAAUACACUGAAGCUCAACAGUUAACUUAUAGCAAUUUUGUUUCAAAGUUUGUAUAUGUCAAAAAGAAGAGAGAGUGGAAACCCAGGCAGAAGGGUUACACAAUUGGCAGGUUAAUUUGGGUUCCUCCAACUACAGGAGAAUUGUACUUUCUCAGAAUGAUGCUUACACAUGUGAAGGGCCCUCGAAAUUAUUCAGAACUGAAAAUAGUUAACAACGUCAAGUACGAUACUUUACGUGAUGCAUGUUUUGCAAUGGGCUUUAUUGGGGAUGAUCGUGAAUUUAUAGCUGCUAUUUCAGAGGCAUUUCAGUGGGGUUCUGGCCACUAUUUAAGAUUGCUUUUUGUCCACAUGUUGUUGUCAAGUAGCAUUAACAGACCAAGGCAUGUAUGGAGCAAAACAAGGCAUCUUCUAUCUGAUGGAAUUCUUUACUCUCAGCAGACUAUUGCCAACAACAGAGGUUUGAGGUUAUCAGAACAAGAAAUAUACAAUCUGACAUUGAUUGAGAUAGAAAAGCUAUUACAACGCAACCGUAAGAGCCUAAGCGACUUUCCUGGGAUGCCAAAACCACAAGGAUAUGUUCCCGAAGAAUUUGGCAACAAGCUUAUUUACGAAGAGCGGAACUACAAUCCCGAUGAACAACUUCAAGAAUUUAACAUGCUGUAUCAGAAUCUCACAGAUGAACAAAGGGAUGUAUUUAAGCAAAUCAUGAUGGCCGUGAAUAACCAGAAUGGAGGCGUGUUCUUUCUUUAUGGUUACGGCGGUACAGGCAAAACCUAUAUGUGGAGAACACUGGUUUCUUAUAUAAGAUCAAAGAAACAAAUAUGUAUGACAGUUGCUUCUUCUGGAAUUGCCUCACUAUUACUUCCAGGUGGCCGGACGGCGCAUUCUAAAUUCAAAAUUCCGAUUCCCACGCUUGAAUCUUCCACAUGUGACAUAAACAAAGGGAGCGAUAGAGGUGAUCUACUAAAACUAUCAAAGUUGAUAAUCUGGGACGAGGCUCCAAUGUGUCACAAAUUUUGUUUUGAGGCAUUGGAUAAAACUCUGAAGGAUAUCAUGGGUGGAUCCAAAGCAUCAAAUAAAAUAUUUGGAGGUAAGGUAAUAGUCUUCGGCGGUGAUUUCAGGCAAAUUCUUCCAGUUAUUCCAAGAGGCAGCCGCUCAGAUAUAGUUCAUGCUACAAUAAAUUCAUCAUACAUAUGGGAUCACUGCAAGAUAUCAGAACCAAAUGAUGGUUACGCAGAGAUCGACGUUCCUAAAGAUCUGUUGAUCUCUGAUUUUGAUGAUCCCCUCGAGACAAUAUUUGAAAACACCUAUCCAAAUUUUGCCGUUAAUUACAAUAAUGUGGAUUUUCUACAGUCAAGGGCAAUAUUAGCUGGAACCAUAGAGACUGUUGAUCAAAUCAAUCAGUAUAUUUUAGAAUUUGUUCCCGGUCAAGAGAAAGAGUAUUUAAGCUUGGAUUCAGUUGAUACAACAGACGGUGACGGCAAUGAAUCUUUUGAUGUUUUAACUCCAGAAUUUUUGAAUGCCUUGCAAACUUCCGGUGUCCCCAAUCAUAAAAUCAAAUUGAAGAUCGGUACACCAAUAAUGCUUCUCAGGAAUAUUGACCAAGCAGAAGGCCUUUGCAAUGGAACACGUCUCAUUGUUACAAAAUUGGUCGAUCAUGUUAUAGAAGCAAAAAUUAUUUCUGGAAAGAACAUUGGUGGUGUCGUAUACAUUGCACGAAUGGACAUAACUCCGACUCAAUCACCAUGGCCCUUCCGAAUGACCAGAAGACAGUUUCCUAUAAUGGUAUGCUACGCUAUGACAAUUAACAAAUCUCAAGGUCAAUCUUUAGAUUUCGUCGGUAUAUAUUUGCCAAGAAGCGUGUUCAGUCAUGGUCAAUUUUAUGUGGCAGUAUCAAGAGUAAAGAGCAAAAAGGGCCUAAAGAUUUUAAUUCACGACAAAGACAAACAACCAUUGUCGGUGACGACGAAUGUCGUUUUCAAAGAAGUCUUUGAAAAUUUAUAG